UUUAGUUAUGAGCCGAUCGUUUUCCUCGAGUCCAAGUGCAGCCCAUCUCCAUAAUCCAGACUUUGACUUGAUGGUCAAACAAGCGGAUAAUUUCUCUGUUUCGUCCGAAAUUCGUUGAAAUUUUCAAUCCGAAGUUUCUCCGAAAUAAUAAAAAACUGAAGUCAGUUGCCUGGUUCUAGCCGUCCUUGCAGAGCUCCCCUUUCCUUGCAACUCUCUUUCUCUCUCUAAAAAAGACUUUAUUCUCUCUCUUAAAAUAGUGAGCCUCCUCAAUCCUUAACUUGUUACCAGACGGUUUCUCUCUCUCUCUCUCCACAACUGCUUCAACGUCAUCAUCUCAUAACAACUAGAGCUUUUCAGCCCAACUGCGUAAAUCUGGGGUUCUUAUGAAACCCUAGAAUCAUAUUUCCCGAGCAAUAUGACGCUUGUAAGAGACAGGAAUUAGGGUUAUUCAUAGCCCUGUAACAAAUUUGAUCCCCAAUUAAGAGCUAGGGUUUCCACACAGAGAAACCAAGGUUUUCUAUUAACGAUUUAUGCAACUUCCGAAAGGACUGGAUGCUAGGGUUUUCAUAGACCUUUAAUUUCUUUCAGAAUAGAGAGGUUAAAACCCCUAAGAUCUAGGAUUGGGGUUUCAUGGACCUGCAAUUCUUGAAGAGCUUGUACCUCUCAAAGAGGAGAAGGAACUGGCUUCUCUUCUUAACGGCUUGUGGAGCCUCUGGCUAUGGCGCUUACAGGCUCUAUAGCUCGCCUUCAAUCACUAGAAAAAGGAAGAAGCUUCUGCAACUUUUGAAAACCCUUAUCACCAUCAUUGAAGCUACUUCUGAUUCAGCUGAAACCAUUGGAGUCGUCUCCAAAGACUUGAAGGAAUUUAUCCAAUCUGAUUCGAACGAGGUACCUAAUAGUCUCAAGCAAAUCUCUAAAAUCCUUAUAUCUGAUGAAUUCCAUGCUUCUGCAUCUAGGGUUACUGAAGCCCUAACAAUUGGGGUAUUGAGGGGCUUCAGUUCUGAGAAAAACGUUGAUCAGAGAGAAGAACCAUCUGCUUUAGGACACUCUGAUCGAUUAUUAGACAAGCUUUUCACCCCUGCUGGUUCUGGUUUUGCCUCAAUUGUCGUGGGAAGCUUUGCUAGAAACAUGGUCUCUGGUUUUAUGGCUAGUCAUGGAUCCAACAGUGUCAAUUCUACGGUUCAGAUGAGUGAUCAAAGGCCUGGGUCACCAAACCCUAAAUGGGUCACCAUUAUUUGUAAUGAUAAGAGCAAGGAACUCAUAGCUGAUUGUAUACAACUUUUUGUUAGCACAGCAGUUGCAGUCUAUCUUGAUAAAACCAUGGAUAUCAAUACCUAUGAUGAGAUUUUUUCUGGUUUGACAAACCCUAGGCAUGAAGCCAAGGUGAGGGAUAUGUUGGUUUCAGUCUGUAAUGGAGCUGUAGAAACCCUAGUUAAGACCUCUCAUCGAGUUUUAACGAGCCCACCUAACAACAACAGUGAAAACAAUGCCUCUAGUUCAAGCAAUGGUGAAAUAGAAGAUAAUUUGGAUAUGGGGUCCUCUGCAAAUUGUUUAAGCACAGAGAAUUUGCAAAAUGAUGAAGCUAGGUAUUCUCAAAAUAUUCAGAAACAGGGUUUUGAGGGCCAAAAAAUCAUGGCGCAAUUGGCAAUGGAUCAAACUGGAAGCAGAGGUUCUUUGAACUCCAUUAGUGGGACUCAACAAAAUGGAUGGAUCGAUAAGGUUUCGGGUACUUUAGCUGUUCCAAGCAAUCGAAAGUUUCUUUUGGAUGUAACAGGUAGAGUUACUUUUGAGACUGUAAGAUCCUUCCUCGACUUCCUUUUGUGGAAAGUGUCAUCCAAUUUGAGGACAAUGAGUGUGAUGAAUUCCAAUGUUUUAGAGAGAGGUUCAGAUAUUGUGAGAUAUGCACGUGCAAAGUCCAUAGUGAUAGCCACUAUCUCAGUUGCGCUCUGCGUCCACGUUUUAGUCAGGACAGGGGCCUGGGUUCAAAGCUGAGCGAGAGAGGUAAGAGUUUCUCUCACUUCCAUGGUGUGCUUCAUGUUUUGAGAGAGAAUUUGGCCUCUUCUGUCAUGUACUGCUUGUUUAGAGUGAGAAAGAGUUUCUGGAAAUGUAUAAUUCAGCUAGAAAUAUAGAUGCCAUGGCAAAUUUCUUAUGUUUCA